AUGGGGCUGAUAUUUAUUAACAGCUAUGAGACACUAGAUGUCGCCGCUUACAGGGACUCAUAUCCCUCAUCUUUAACAAUUGCGGUGCCUUCUCGCUUGUACUUUCAACAAACGGAAGACAAACCAUUCGCAGGAAUGAGAAUUGGGGUCGAAGACGCCGUGAAUCUCUGUAAUACUAAAGCUUCGACUUCCUCUCACCGGUUCGACGAUCUUUACGGAUCGCGCAAAAGCGAUGAACCUGUUAUUCAAAGACUCGUUGAUCUAGGCUUUGUCAUUGUGGGAAAAGUAAGGACAACUGAAAUGGCCGAUUCCAAAAAUCCCGACUGCGGUGAUGAGCGUGAUUGUGGUAGUGCAGCCGCAGUUGCGAGCUAUCCGUGGCUUGAUUUUGCCUUAUUGACAGACACUCUCGGCAGCCUCCGAGCCCCCGCUUCUACUCAGGGAUUAUUCAGUAUGCGUCCCUCCCUGAACGCAGCGGGCUCGACAAGAUUGAUACCAUAUACUCCGCUCGUGAACACAAUUGGUGGGUUUGCAAGAGAUGCUGCCUCAUUUGCUAAGCUUUCUCGGGCGCUCUAUGGGUCUCGCGGAGAAGGACAGAAACCUCGCAUGAUACUCUACCCAGUCGAGUUCUGGCCGAAAGGGAUCGAUAAAAACCACGAUUUGUUGGAAACCUUCAUCGUAAAACUCGAAAAAUACCUCGGUAUUGAAAGAACUCCGGUCAGCUUGGAAGAACUAUGGAAUGCGACCAAGCCAAUCAAGAGCGAAAUUGCCUUGCAAGACUACAUGGCCGAUCUCAUGAAGUGGAAUGAAGGCAAUGAUCAAAGAGGUAGAGGGUCAAUUGAUGUUGAUAACAAGAUGAUGCGUGGCAACGAGGCACAGCUAAGAUACCGAAGUGAUUGGGUAUCUACCUCCAUGAAAGAAACUGAAGAAGCAGGGAUAAGAAAAUGGAAGUCAUUUAAGUCCUGGUAUGACACAAACGUGCUACCCCCAGCCAAGGAUGGAGUUUCGGAUACUCUUUUACUCUUGCCUUGGAUUAUUGAAAAGCCUGGGUUCCAAGACAAAUAUCAAGACCGUCUACAGGGAUUUCCUGGAACCGGUCUCUUCUUUUCAAACCCAUCGCUGUACGCACAGGCCCCAGAAGCUAUUGUACCAGUUGGCCAGAUACCAUUCACAUCUCGCAUAACUGGACAAAAAGAGUUUCUAUCGACCUGCAUUGGAAUUUCUAGCGGAAGAGGAAGCGAUGUGAUGCUCAGCGACUUUGUGGAGAACUUCAUGUCGGGAGAUAAUGAGCGAAGACUAGAACUGAAAUUUCAGGAACUGUGA